AUGACGAGAAGCGUGGACGUUCUGGAGCAGAACGAGCAGCAUGGUCCUGGGAUGGAUGGUGUGUCAGGGUUGGACGCUUUGCUGCUGCACGGGGCCGCGGUCGGGGCCCCAACUCGACGACUCCAGAGCCUGAGCUUCCUCUUCACAGAACUUCAGGAACUUCAGCCUGCAAGGGUUCUUCGGGCUCCUUCGAGGGGUGUAAAGGCGUCCUUCGAGUUCGUGGACGGCUUGGGUGUCGGUGAGGAAAGCCCCUUGCCAGCCCUGAACUCCGAUCUGCCGGAGUCUUUGCAGCGCAUCGCCACACUGGCAGCCAAGUGGCUCACACGUUUGGGAGCCAACUCCCCGGACUUGUCCCGCUGGGCGGCGGACGGGGUCGACGACGGCGUCAGGGAUGCAACUCGCGAGGAUGCCACGUCCACGUCCCUUCUUCAAACAGGCCAGGGCCGUGCAGGCCCCAGUGGCCACAGCAUCACCGCCGUGGCCACGCACUUCGGGUUGGAAGGCCGUCAUGCUGCAGAUGCAGGUGAUGCCCACUACGACCCUGCAGCUCACAUGAGGAACGACGGUGAGCACGAGGAUCAUUCAGCACACCGCAGCGAAGAGGACGGUCGCCACGACCCCGGAGCCCACAUGGGGUAUGCUGCUGAACACCACGAGCAUUCAACACAUUCCGGGGAAGAGGGCGAGAGCUACGAUCCUGCCGCCCACAUGCGGUACGAAGAUGAACACAAGGACCGUGCAGACCCUGAGGGCGAACACGACCGCCAGGCAGACGUGGACGAUCACAGCAACCAUCACGACCCUGCCGCAAAUAUGGGGUACGAUGAGGCUGACCACGAGAACCAUGCAGAACACACUGGUGAAGAGGGCAAGCACCACGACCAUCACGACCCCGCCGCGAAUAUGGGGUACGGUGAGGGUGAGCAUGCAGAUCAUACAGAACACACUGGUGAAGAGGGCGAGCACCACGACCAUCACGACCCUGCGGCGAACAUGGGGUACGAUGAGGGUGACCACGAGGACCAUACAGAACAUGCCGGUGAAGAGGGCGAGCACCACGACCAUUAUGACCCCGCCGCAAACAUGGGGUACGAUGAGGGUGACCACGAGGACCAUACAGAGGGCGAGCACCACGACCAUUAUGACCCUGCCGCGAACAUGGGUUACGAUGAGGGGGAGCACGGGGACCAUACAGAACAUACAGGUGAAGAGGGCGAACACCACGGCCAUCACGACCCCGCCGCGAACAUGGGGUAUGACGAGGGUGAGCAUGGGGACAAUGCAGAACACGCCGGAGAAGAGGGCGAGAACUACGACCCUGCGGCACAUCUUGGGAAGGAGGGUGAGCACGAGGGGGCUGGGAAAGAAGGCGAGACCGGAGAACACCAAGAAGGCAAGGAGGGUGAGGAGGGGGAGCACCAUGAAGGAAAAGAGGGCCAGCAUGGAGAGAACAAUGAAGGAAAGGAGGGCGAGCACGAAGGCAAGGAAAGCGAGAAGACUGAGAUGCAGAAGAAAGAUGAAGCAUUGAAGGACGCCAUUGUGGAUCCGGACUCCGGGAACAUUAUCGACGGCAAGUCGGGGGAGGAGAUCGAUCCCACUACGGGACAGAUCGUGGACGACGGCAGCUACAUCGACGACAAGACAGGUUUGGCAAUAAAUCCGGCCAAAGGUGUUGUGAAGACUGGGCAGAGCACAAGACACGAGCGUGGAGAAUUUGUCACGACAUGCCUGGACUCAGGAUCCAGUGUCAGGCAGCUGAGGUUCGUGCACAGGAUCCUGAAGUGUGUGAAGCAGAAUCUCUUCGGUGAUGCCGACUUGGAGAGCCAGGAAGCGACUUUCUUCGCUUCAAGACGUGGCAAGAGGGCCGCGCUCAAGGGGACUAGGCUCAGGCGGAGGUUGCUUGGAGCUGAUGACAGGGCCUCGAGCGCUGCCGUUUGCGGCGUGCGGGGCCGGGGGCAGGCCAUGGCCAAGGCCUUAGAACCUCCGCAGGCAGGAUCCAAAUACAAAAGCCACUUUGCGAAGAAGUCGUUGCCGCACAAUUUCGGCAAGGCGGUGCAACCUGGGCUGGUGCUGCCUGCUGCUCAGACUUCAGAGCGGGCAGCAUGGGCCAAUCUCUGGUCUGGGUUGCAAGAGAGUGCUGGGACCGAUCUUCUCAGGCUUGCGAUCGUGGGAGACCCAGAGAGUAGAGUGAAGUUCACUUAUCAACUUAUGGAAUUUGCUCCGGAGUCCAUUCCUGGUCCAUACAUUUCGACAAGGGACAUGCUGCUCCAAACCGACCCGCAAUCUUGUCGCGACGACAUCGCUGAGCUGCUGGACCACUGCCGGCGUCUGGUGAAGAUGGCGGAAAACACCCGCGAACAGGCGAUGGUCAUUGAACUCCAGGCGAAGGUUCGCGAGCUGCAGCUGGACAGCCGAGAGCUUCGACUUUUGGUGCAGGAGACCCUGUCAGCACCAGGUUCAAAGAAGUCGAGAACAUCCGAGGCUGCCUUACCGCACGCAGUGCGCUUGAAGCGAGGCCAGCGAGGAGACGUUCAUGACCCCGUGCAGGAACAACCGCUCCGUGACCAGCUCCUAGGUAACGGCCCUCGCAGAGUUGGAAGGCCAAAGCCUACAUUGACCUUGGCUGCGGUGCAAUGCUCAUCCUACCUCCUCAGCGCUGAUGGGAAGGGUGCAGUGUGCUGCUGGGAUGUUUCGCCGCCCGGGACGCAGAGUACCGAGCCAGUGCACGUCCUGCAAGCACAUUCGGAGGCCAUCUCCCAGGCAUGGCCAGGACGCAUGUACGCAUUGGGAGCGGCCACUGAUGUCGCCCUGGCUCAGGCGUUGUUGCUGAGAAGCAGCCGCAUCCCUGAGGCUUUGGAGGCACCUGUUGGAAUUGCUUUGGAAAGGGCCCGGGCCUCUGUGUCGGACAUGUCGGAUUCGGCUGGCAAGCUUCCAGACUCUGUCUUUUCGCAUCACGUUGCAAAGAUGUCGGGGGCAGGAGUGGAGGCUGAGGUGGACAGUCCCAAGACCAAAUCAACGCAGGCACCAGCAGCAGAUCGUUUUCGGAGUGGCUCCACGGAGCAUGACUGCCAGCAGCCGUUUGGCUUCCGGUGUCUCCACGGCACCCAGCGAGGCUUCAGGCCCCAGGCCGCUGCAGGCAGUGCCUUCUUUGCGGAAGCCGAAGAAAAGAGGACUUCUCCAGCAGAUGCCCCGGGACCUUCUCUUGUUGCGAAUGAAGAGAAGUGCUUGUCAGAAGCAUGGGCUAUGCGCAGGGUAGGGGCUACAGACAACUCUGACAUGAAGCAACUGCCCGACUUGUGUGGCUCUUCUGAGGAGAUCGGUGUGCUCAGGGAGAAUAUGGAUGAAUGCUCACCAGCCGUAGCACAUCGCGUCACAAUCUGGGAGAAGCUGGAGACUAUGCAGGAUGGACGCCUGGUUGUCUGGUACUUCAAGCCUUUGCCAAGCCCUGCCUUCCUUGAGGGAUGUGCCGGGCUUCCAUGGCCAAUCGCCAUGUCAUCUUUCUUCCCUCAGGGAGCCCAAAGCCGCGCCGACUCCUCGCCUAGGCGAAGGUCAGUUUCUCCAACCAAAUCAGGGAGGCAUAGCGAGAAGAGCCCCCGAGCUUCCAAUGAGUUCGUGCAGACAGCUGUGCGAUUGCGGCCGUUCCUUCCGAAUGAAUUGAGCAAGUUGGGCACCGCACCCGUGAGCUGUGUCGAGAUGAAGCCCAACGGCCAUGUGGUUUUGUCUGAUCCAGAGAAGCCACAACAACCUGGGCGCGAGUUUGAAUGCACCUUCGCCUUCGAUUCCAGUCGUCCCAAGUCGGACAAUUACUCAGAUCAGCGUACCAUCUACAACAGUGUUGGAGCAGAGAUGGUCAUGCACGGAACGACUGGAUUCAACUGCUGCUUGAUUGCCUACGGGCAGACCGGGACCGGGAAAACUCAUACCGUGCAUGGCGAUUGGCAGAGCCACGAACAUCGGGGCCUUCUGCCGCGGAUCUCUGAAGGAUUGUUUCAGCGACUGGAUCAAUGUCGAGCAGAAGGUGCGUCGUGGCGGGUUCGCAUCAGCUAUAUCGAGGUUUAUAACGACCGCUUGCGUGAUCUCUUGGAGCAUGCCGGGCCAAGCCUGUCCCGGACCGAAAACGACAGCCCUAGCCCACGCCGGAUUUCAAAACCGGGAACUGCGGCAGGCCCUCGUCUGGAGAUACGGAAUCAUCCAGCUGUUGGGGUCUACGUCGAAAACCUCCAGGAGCUACCUGUGGAACACCUUCGGGACGUUGCUCGCCUGGUUUCCAAAGGAGAGAAGGCCAAGAAGAUGGAGAGGACGACGAUGAACGACCGAUCCAGUCGUUCACACACCAUCUUCAUGUUCAAGGUUGAAGUCCGAAAUGCCUCCAAUGGAGACCAUAUGUCAACCGUGCAGGUCGUUGAUCUGGCCGGCCGCGAGAAUGAGCAGACAUCAGAAUGCAAGGGCGACCGGUUCCGAGAGCUCAGGCACAUCAACCGGAGUCUCUUCGACCUCGCGAGUUGUAUCCAUGCGCUCUGCGACGGCAACCGCGACCACGUGCCCUUUAGGAACUCCAAACUGACGAUGCUGCUUUCCGACAGCCUGGCAAGCAACAGCCGAACGACUCUUCUGGCGACCUUGACUCCAAGCUCCGCAGGUUUCGAUGAGAACAUCCUCACCUGCCGCUUCCUCGAGUCCACUGUCGUGCCUCUGAAUGGCGAGCCAAUGGCUGCUUGCGACGGCGCUGACGGCGAUGCAUCCAGGCAGGUCGAACGUUUGCUGGGCGGGCCAGAUCCAGUGAUUCUGAAACUGGAUGAGAGAAGCUUCAUGUACUAUAUCCCAAUGAUAACGGGUGACAAAGAUCCCGGCGCAUGGUAUGACGAGCUGACUGCUGCUUUGCAGAACAGCACACUGACGAUGCCGACUCCGCCCAAGGACACCUCGGCAGAGAAUGAGCGCGCCCAGUUUUAUGCAGCGGGUACUUUUGAUCACGCUGUCCCGGAUGCAGGCCUCCAGGCAAUCGACUUCCGGUACAAUCCUCGCUGGUGCUUAGCGGGGCGACCGCUUGAGAACUUACAAUGCAUCCUGAGCUUGCAGCGGAUGGUUGAGGAAGAAGUCGGGAAAGUCUUAGCCAUGGAGCAUGAGUCGCUUGGUGAGACAAAGAAUUCUCCAGACCUGUCGCAGCCUUUCUUCAAUAGUAUACUCGUGAAUUUUUACAAAGAUGGCAGAGCUCAAAUCAAAUGGCAUGCAGAUGAUGAGAAUUGUUAUGGACCUUCGGACAACAUCCUCAUCGGCUCGCUGUCCUUCGGUGCGGCCCGUGUCUUCGAAGUGCGGCGGAAGCCACGGCGGGGCGACACCGACCGCAGCGCGCAGCAGCUGCAACGAAUUCUGCUGCAGCCAGGGUCGCUGCUGGUAAUGGGAGGCGCCAUGCAGGCUAACUGGCAGCAUUCGCUUCCUCCCGACCCAAGCUGCCUCGGAGGCCGUGUCAACCUGACUUUCCGCCGUAUUGUAGGAGGUCGGAGGCGCGGAGAAGGCCGCAUCACCACUCAGCCUGUUGUGAACCACUUCGGUGCGGCGGAGGUGCAGAAGCACUUGCAGGACGAGAUUGCCAACUUGCAGUCCACUCUGGUGGAGGAAGCCGUCAUCGCUUCCCGCCAGACGUUGCUGAAGCAGUUCUCGGAAGUCUGGUCAGAUCAUCACCUGCAGGCUUUGCAGGGAGCACAGGGGGACUCCCGGCUGACGGUCGUGCAUGGUGCAUGCAGGCAGGUCUCCUCCAGCUUGCAGGGGGCGGAGGAGUCCCUGAGUCAGCUCGAAGAACGAAACCACGAAGCCGCCAAGGCGCUGCAAAAGGUGGGUCGAAAGCUGGCCAACGUCGAGAAAGCCAUCCGCAGUGUACAGUCUCGGAACGCGGGCUACAAGGGCUACGUGUCGGGAUCCCCCGACAGCACCGCCACCACGGCUGGGGAGGACCGAGUACCAGGCGAAGCGCUUCGCAUGUCCCUGGGGCUCGCAUUGUCCAAGCGGUCGCCGAGGCAGCCCAAGGUCAGCUUAAUCAGUGAGUGGCGGUCCGAAGCGGCAAUCACCAGUUGUCUUGAGUUACACGACGGAUUGCUCGCUGUGGGCUUCAAAGGCAGUGAUGUGAACCUCAUCGACCCUUGCACGGCCACGGUUUCUUGGGUUCUCUAUGGUCACACUGACCGUGUCACAGCUUUGGCGGAGUGCGCAGAUGGUCGUUUUGUCACCGGAGGAGCAGACGGAGCUAUCCGGCUCUGGGCAAAGCGGACGUGGUCUGCUUCCCUACCAGCACAGGAUGCGCUUCACAGUGCAGCUGAUGCAUUUGCGGAUGGCGCAGAGCCUCCGCAGCUGUCUGCAGAAGCCUGGAGGGGCGCGCUCGGGGAGUCGGUGAAGCCUGGAGUCUGCAGCAUGGCCUUCUAUGCUCACACACAGCAGGCACGACGUGGCGAAAUGGCUGCGCUGUUCUUGCGUGUGUUAGUGCAAAGUGGGAGCAACCUCAUCAAGGCCGAGGCUUUGAAGAGAUCUCAGCUGUACGUAGCUUGCACCGUGCUGGACGUCGCCGAUGCAUCGCAGAAGUGCCAAGAAACUACGGCCCAGACACGAGCGAGCAGGACCGGCACAUGGAACGAGUCGCUGACGCUAUCCUAUCGAAGGAGCUGGAUCGCUGGAAAGCAAGCGUUUAACACUCAGACACUGGCGGUAUCCGGCGAUGUCAGUGUUUUUGUAACUGUCGGAAUGGUGACCUGGGUGCUUUGUGUCUUGCUCUCCGUGCAAUUUGCGACGCAGCCGUACCUCACAAGGAAGUUUACGAGUGACGGCCUCGUAAUCAGCUCUUACGUCGCAGCAGCAGAGCUGCUAAAGCUCGUGGCUUCUUUGUGCUUCCUCGUGGUUGCCGGUAAAUGGCACAGAGCGUUUACGGGCUGGACAUGGCGGAUCGGACUGCGAGAGUCGAUCUGGCCUGCAAUGGCCUAUGCUUUGCAGAACGUUGCUGGGACAGCUGCAAACAAGUCGCUGGAUGCGGUUACAUGCAAUGUUCUCAACCAGACGAAGCUGCUUUGGACUGCUGCUUUUGUGGUUCUCCGCAAGCAACGACAGUUUACCUUCCGUGAAUGGGUCGCCCUCACAAUGAUCCUCCUUGCCUCAGUGCUGACGGCUUGCGAUGGUGAUGGCUUGCGAGCAGAGCCCUACUGGGUACGAUGUCAAGGAGUUGCCUGCGCCUGCUUGGCGGCGAUGUGCUCUGCAUUCGGAGCAGUCCUCACCGAGGAAGCUUUGGUAAAGGGCAGGGAUCCGUUCCUGCUUUCCGCGGAGCUGGCCCUUGGAGGUCUUGGCACGCUCUUCGUCACCUUUCCUUUCACCAUGCUGGAGCAAGGAACUGCGGAAAGGUUUUGUGGCUGGACGUGGGCAACACUGCUCCCACUGUUUACACACGCUGGCGGGGGCAUCCUCGUUGGCAUCGUCACGAAGCAUCUGGGAAGUGUAAACAAAGCGAUCUUGAUGGUCGUCAGCCUGCUGUUGACCGGGACUUUAAAGGUGCUGAUCGACCAUCGUUGGCCAUCUGCUCCCUCGAUGCUGUCUAUUGGACUCGUUGCGGCUGGCCUCGCGCUGUACUGUGAUCUCGGGAACCGCAUCGUGGUCUUUUGUCAGCGUGAGAAGCCAAUGUUUGACGUGCUGCAGCCGCUGCACCUGCAUUGCAGCUGGUAUCGGACCUUGCUGGGCCAUCCCCGCCGCCCGCAGCCGCUUAAAGUGGAGAGCUUCCACUGGGUGCAGGA